AUGCCCACAUUUGGCCAGGGAGACAAAGGCACAGCAGGGACCCAGUUGUCAGAGACAAACUCGCCACAAGGUGAACAGACAGCGCAAGAACGGCCACGAAACUCGCCUCAUGAUUGUUGUGUAGAGAAGAACUUCCAGCGGCAUGUGCUACGACUGCUGAACACGCUUCGCUUCAUGCUGGAACAGCAAGCGGACACCCUGAACAAGUUGUGCGAUAUGCUUCCCACUUCUUCAGUCACCGAAUGCGCAGAGCUCUUAGGCCAUCCGCUAAGCAGUCUUGAAGAACUACAAGAGUUCGACGACAAGCUCGAUGCUGGAAAAUUUAAGAUCCUGGUUCAUGAGUUGGCACAGCUUGGUGGGAAAGAUGCCUACUGGGCAACAAAAAGAAUCUUGUCAUACUGCAUCACAGACGAGGUUGCGGCACAAUUUUCCUGGAUGGGUCGAAAAGGAAAACUGAGCUUCUCCGCCUUGAAGAUUGCUAAAGCCAUAACAGAUGCUGCUCGCAAAGCGCCAAACGCAACCGCUGCCGACGUUGAGGCCUCUAUCAAAUCGUGGCUCCGACAUGCCCCCGAGCGCCUUGCCACCAGGUUUCAGAAGUCAAAGCAAGGACAACUUGAGCAAGCAGCAGGUAAUGGAAUUCACAUUGUCGCAUCAUGUAAAAUCCUGAACAGUGCACAAAAAUGUAUGUUGUGCCUGUAUUCCAAUGUGUAAGUGUUCUAAGCAGUCGAUAUGGUGAAAUCUGUGUUGAGCUUGUGACCUACCUUUAUACUCUUUGUAUUAUCU